AUGAGCACGGCCAGAACAGAGAACCCUGUUAUAAUGGGUCUGUCCAGUCAAAAUGGUCAGCUGAGGGGCCCUGUGAAGCCCAGUGGUGGCCCCGGAGGAGGGGGCACACAGACUCAGCAACAGAUGAACCAGCUGAAAAACACCAACACAAUCAAUAAUGGCACUCAGCAGCAAGCACAGAGUAUGACCACCACUAUUAAACCUGGUGAUGACUGGAAAAAGACUUUAAAACUCCCUCCAAAGGAUCUAAGAAUCAAAACUUCGGAUGUGACCUCCACAAAAGGAAAUGAGUUUGAAGAUUACUGUUUGAAACGGGAGUUGCUGAUGGGAAUUUUCGAAAUGGGCUGGGAAAAGCCAUCUCCUAUUCAGGAGGAGAGCAUUCCCAUUGCUUUAUCUGGUAGGGAUAUUUUAGCUAGAGCAAAAAACGGAACAGGCAAGAGCGGUGCCUACCUCAUUCCCUUACUUGAACGGCUAGACCUGAAGAAGGACAAUAUACAAGCAAUGGUGAUUGUUCCCACUAGAGAACUUGCUCUACAGGUCAGUCAAAUUUGCAUCCAGGUCAGCAAACACAUGGGAGGGGCCAAAGUGAUGGCAACCACAGGAGGAACCAAUUUACGGGAUGACAUAAUGAGGCUUGAUGAUACAGUGCAUGUGGUGAUAGCUACCCCUGGAAGAAUCCUGGAUCUUAUCAAGAAAGGAGUAGCAAAAGUUGAUCAUGUCCAGAUGAUAGUAUUGGAUGAGGCGGAUAAGUUGCUGUCACAGGAUUUUGUGCAGAUAAUGGAGGAUAUUAUUCUCACGCUACCUAAAAACAGACAGAUUUUAUUAUAUUCUGCUACUUUCCCUCUUAGUGUACAGAAGUUCAUGAAUUCCCAUUUGCAGAAACCCUAUGAGAUUAACCUGAUGGAGGAACUAACUUUGAAGGGAGUAACCCAGUACUACGCAUAUGUAACUGAGCGCCAAAAAGUACACUGCCUCAACACACUUUUCUCCAGGCUUCAGAUAAACCAGUCGAUUAUUUUCUGUAACUCCUCUCAGAGAGUUGAAUUGCUAGCCAAGAAGAUUUCUCAACUGGGUUAUUCUUGCUUCUAUAUCCAUGCUAAAAUGAGGCAGGAACAUCGAAAUCGUGUGUUUCAUGAUUUCCGAAAUGGCUUAUGCCGCAAUCUUGUUUGCACUGAUUUGUUUACCCGAGGUAUUGAUAUACAAGCUGUGAAUGUGGUAAUAAACUUUGACUUCCCAAAGCUGGCAGAGACCUAUCUCCAUCGUAUUGGAAGAUCAGGUCGCUUUGGUCAUCUUGGCUUAGCCAUCAACUUGAUCACAUAUGAUGAUCGCUUCAACCUGAAAAGUAUUGAGGAGCAGCUGGGAACAGAAAUCAAACCUAUCCCGAGCAACAUUGACAAGAGCCUGUAUGUGGCAGAAUACCACAGCGAGCCUGUAGAAGAUGAGAAACCUUAA